AUGGCCAGCGCUCGUACUUUCCGAAAGGGUGUCGACCUCGUCGCCGCCAGGUCUUCUGCUCUGCACGCUCCCCGCGCUUCUAUCGGCUCCACACUGCUGCGGCGGGAGCUCUCCUCCGCCGUGCGGGCAGCUCCCCGGACUCCCAGCGCCAGACUCACCGCGCGCGUGGCGGUUCCUCAGGUCAAGACCCAGGCUGUGCGUUAUGCCUCGAGCUCCAGUGAGCCCCUGGCCAAAACGCAGCUGUAUGACCUGCACGAGGCGCACGGCGCUAAGAUGGUGCCCUUUGCCGGAUACUCUAUGCCGCUGCAGUAUGCCGACCUGAGCCAUGUGGAAAGCCACAUGUGGACUCGUGAGAAGGCCAGUCUGUUCGAUGUGAGCCAUAUGGUUCAGCACCACCUUAGCGGACCUGGCGCCAUGAAUCUGUUGAUGAAGGUCACUCCCUCCUCGCUGGAUAAGCUUGCCCCCAACACCUCCACCCUGUCCUGCCUUCUAGAAGUUGGCACCGGCGGCAUCGUCGACGACACCGUCAUCACCCGCCGCGGCGAAGAUAGCUUCUACUUCGUCACCAAUGCCGGCCGCCGCACCGAGGACCUGGCCUUCCUGCAAGCCGAGAUCGAAGCCUACCGCGCCGAGCACGGCGCCGACAGCAUCAAGUGGGACAUCCUUGAGGACCGCGCGCUGGUCGCGCUGCAGGGUCCCAAGGCCGCUUCCGUCCUGCAGCCUCUCAUCAACGCCUCCUCAGCCGCCUCCACCGACCUGAGCACCCUCUACUUCGGCAACUGCCGCGAGCUCUACCUCACCCUGCCCGACGGCAGCGCCACCCCCCACCCCCUCCUGAUCUCUCGAACCGGCUACACCGGUGAAGACGGCUUCGAGAUCUCCAUCCCGACCUCCGGUGCCCCCAACCUGCCGGAGCAGGUCGUCAACCUCUUCCUAACUGACAAGGACACCGUCCGCCUCGCCGGUCUCGCUGCCCGCGACUCCCUCCGCCUCGAAGCCGGCAUGUGUCUCUACGGCCAUGACAUCUCAACCGCGCAGACUCCCCCCGACGCCGCUCUGGGCUGGGUCGUCGGCCGUGACCGCCGUGACCCCGCGACCGCCAACUUCAACGGCGCCUCUGUCAUCCUCUCCCAGCUCGCCAGCCCCAAGUCUCUCACUCAGCGCCGCAUCGGUCUCUCCGUGGAGAAGGGCCCGCCUGCCCGUGAGGGUGCAGUCGUCGUCGACCUAGCCGACCCGGCUAACCCCGUUCAAGUCGGCGUCGUCACCUCCGGUCUUCCUAGCCCUUCGCUCGGCGGCCAGAACAUCGCCAUGGCGUAUGUGAAGAACGGGCUGCACAAGAAGGGUACUCAGCUUGGAGUGCAGGUGCGCAAGAAGGUUCUCAAGGCCAGUGUUGUCGGUAUGCCUUGGGUUGAGAGCAAGUUCCACCGUCCUUCUUAG